AUGUUGAAAGUCCCCCGACGCCUCUUUACGACCCAAAGCCCAGCAAAGACAGCAGAUACAUUCAUCCAAACCCACCCACUGACGCACUCCCUCCGAGCAAACCGCACAUUCAUCGAGUCACGGCCCCACCUCCAUGCUCCGGGGCUACUACGAGCGGAGACGCUCAUGGGCGGAUCGCUAGCAGGAUCCGAGAAAAUAACCGUGCCACCGUACGUUUUCAGAAAACGCGGGGGCGGCAAAUGCGUGAUUAUAAUGCACCUCGGGAGCGAUGUCUGCAGUCAUCCCGGCGUAGUCCACGGCGGACUUCUGGCCACACUGCUGGACGAGACUUUUGCGUGGUGCUGCCUUCCUCGUUUCCCGAAGAGGGUGGGCGUGACGGCCAACUUGAGUGUCAAUUAUCGGGCACCAGCUAUGGCUGACUCGUAUGUUGUGGUGAAUGCGGAGAUUGUCAAGAUGGAAGAGCGUAAGGCUUGGUUGGAAGGUCGGGUUGAGACGUUGGAAGCUGGCGGUGCGUGUUCGACGCUCCUUGCGGACGCUCAGGCGCUCUUUGUUGAGCCGAAGAAAUCUGAUGGAUUGGGUGGUGUUUAUCUAACCUCGUAA